AUGUCGGCCAGCAGCUGCAGCUUCGAGGACCGCUGCGUGGCCGUGCUGUGCUGCCGCUUCUGCCGGCAGGUGCUGAGCUCGCGGGGGAUGCAGGCCGUGCUGCUGGCGGACACCGACACCGACCUCUACUCCACCGACGUCCCGCCCUCGGGGACUGUUGAUUUCAUUGGGAGCUGCUAUUUUACUGAGAUCUGCAAGUGCAAACUGAAGAACAUUGCAUGUCUGAAGUGUGGCAACGUUGUGGGUUAUCAUGUCAUUUCUCCCUGCAAACCCUGCCUGCUCUCCUGCAACAACGGCCACCUCUGGAUGUUUCACAGCCAAGCAGUCUUUGGCAUCAACAGACUAGACCCUUCUGGUGUGAACGUUUUGCUCUGGGGCAACUUGCCAGAUUUGGAAGAAAGCACAGAUGAAGAUACAUCCUGCAUCUCUGAGGAGGAGUAUAUCAGAUGAGUGUUACCAACAGAAUAAUCCAGGAUCUUUCCCAGAAUCAUUGCCUUGCUGUUUGCUUUGGAUUAUUUUUUUUUCCCUGCUGGCCCAGAGCUUAAACAAUGCAGAAAACCAAGAAAUCUGGAAAACAGUCCUUAAAAAAAGGAAUGUAUCAUCUUUCUCUUUCAUUGUAACCUUCCCUGGACUAUUAAAUCUGGCUGGAGACAUGCCUUGGUUAGACCUGGAAAUGCAGUUGGAAGGUGCAUUUACUGAGGUCUAGGUCUGUUUUGGUUUUCCAUUUAAGUCUCAACAGUUGAUAAUCCUUCUUUAACUGCAUCUUAUCUUCGUUCCUCAAACAGUAUUCACAGAGCAGUCUCAGUUGCUGCCAGUUUCUUAAAAAUCUGAAGAAGCAGUUAGGCUGGGUGAGGAAGUUCUAGAAUAACUGCUUUUGUGGUCACAUGGACCUGGAACUUCUACUCUGAGUACACAGAGUUGCUAAACAAGUGGCUUGAAGUACUGGAGGUUUGGCUCUAGCAUCUGGCUCUCCUGCUCUUUAGCUGUUUGGGCAUCUGAGACAUACUGGGAUGCUCCUGACUGUGGAGCAGAGUCUUCCCAUCUCCAUCUUUCAGCACUUACAGGAUCAUAUUUCUGUGGAGAUCAAGCUCAUUUCCCCCCCCCCCAAUAAAAUACAGCAGUUCUUUAAUGGCUCACAGAACAUCCAGAUUACACUGGAGUUUUUCUUAAGGCCAGCAAUGAAAUCCUUCUAGUUUUGUGUGUUAUUUUUUUCUCCUUAUAGGGUAGACAUCCCUCCAAGACAGAACUCAGUCACCUGACUGGGUCUUUUUUAGAGAAAGAAAGAAGCAAUCAGGUUCAAUAUUUGCUGUUCAUGCCUACCCUUGCAUCCUGGGGCGUGCAGACCGUCCGGUUCCUGGAAGAAAUGAUGACUUCAAAGCUCCUUAUCCCAGUAGUUCCAGCCACAGUUCUUAACUUAUGAACUAAACACUGCCCCCUUCAGCUACUCACCCGAAGGAUCACUUGUAGAAAAUCCAAGGUACAAUCAUAGAAGAGAAACAAAAGUACUUCUUAAAAUUUGGUUUGAUGCUGAAUAAAUCCUUCUGCAGCCUCGUGUGGUACGUGGCAGAGGUGCAGUGAAGGCAGAUCUGAGUUGUCUUGGUGUUCUUACUGCAUGUUAUGUAUUUCUUAAUUAACAGUUCUACCUCUUCUCCAUUGUUUAAAUGUAUAUUGGUGUAUUUAUGUGUCCAUGUGUGUCUUGUUUUGGCUUCCUAUGUUCUGUCUGCUCAUUAAAUAUGAGUUUUGGAUUGCAGAGUCUUCUGGGCUGUAAUUAAUGUGGAUGUGUAAUGAUACUA